CCGAGACAUUGUUGAGCAGAAUGAGUAGGCGAUCCGCAAUGUUGCGGCGCUCGAUGAUGCUGAGAGUGGUCGCCAUCCGACACGGACUCGAGUGAAGUCUUAUGCUAUGAAACAUCGCGAGGCAUUGCGCAUCGUGGAAUUGGCAGCCGAGAAAUCCGGCAGCGGCAUGUGUUUCGGGCCUUCUGACAAGUCGAACAGGCCUCGCCGCGGCGCAGCUCAACUUGCCAGAAUUGCGAACCGGCCUGACACAGGGAGGCAACGCAAGUCUGCAUUGACGCAAGCCUGCGCAUCCUCGUCCUCGAAUUCACCCCUGUUAUCCCAGUUCGGCUUCUUCGGGGGUACGCGAUUGCGAGAGAUGGGCAGGUUGGUCCUGCGGGGUAGGCGCCAAUCAUCACCAUCGUUGCCGAUAGGUGCUAGGAGUGUAGUCGGUGUCGCUGUGUUGGCGCAGGGUGGAAGUCAUAGUGACCUGUCGGACGCGCGUCGGUGGCAGAAUGGAAACCGUGGGAGAGCGCGAAAGUUCACAUUAGGAGCGGAGUCGCGUGCACACUGUACGAGCCGCGUUCGCGAUCCCAGUGUUUGUGUUCGUGCAGUAGUCGUAUACUGAGCGUUUUAUGGUGUGCCCAAGAUGAUGGGGAGAUACCGGAGCAGGGAAGGCGGCCUGGCGAUGAACAGCGAAAGGCUGCUGUGGCGACCAGACAAUGAGGAUGACGAAGGAAUGCUUG